AUGAAGGUGUUCAUCUUCCUCACUCUAUUGGGAGCUGCUGUUGCUUUCACCACUGAUGAUGAUGAGAGGAUCGUUGGGGGCUACAACUGUACGAAGAAUUCCCUCCCCUACCAGGUGUCCCUGAACUCUGGCUAUCACUUCUGUGGCGGCGCCCUCAUCAGUGACCAGUGGGUGGUGUCCGCAGCUCACUGCUACAUGUCUGAAAUCCAGGUGCGUCUGGGAGAACACAACAUUAAGGUCUUUGAGGGCACUGAGCAGUUCAUUAACUCCACCAAAGUCAUCCCCCACCCCGACUACAAUUCAGCCACCUUCGAUAAUGACAUCAUGAUGAUUAAACUGAGCUCCCCCGCUACAAUCAACUCUUGGGUGUCCCCAGUCUCUCUACCAACGUACUGUGCCACUGCCCGAACCCAGUGCCUCAUCUCCGGCUGGGGCAACACUGAAAGCAAUGGCUCAAACUACCCAGACAUCUUGCAGUGUUUGAAUGCCCCCAUCCUCUCUGACUUGAUCUGCCACCUUGCCUACCUAGGCCAGAUCACCAGUAACAUGAUAUGUGUGGGCUUCCUGACAGGUGGCAAGGACUCUUGCCAGGGUGACUCUGGUGGACCUGUGGUCUGCAACGGAGAGCUUCAGGGCAUCGUCUCCUGGGGCUACGGCUGUGCUCUGAUAGGCAAACCCGGAGUCUACACCAAGGUCUGCAACUAUGUGAGCUGGAUUCAGCAGACCAUCGCUGACAACUAG